GCCAGUCUGGAGACGUCAUUACCCAAACAGAAGUGGUCCGUGCUUUGCCAGGUGCUGACGUGACCCUGGUGUGCAUCUUCCCAAAACCACACACCACCCACAUAAUACAGACACAGUGGUCCAAGACUGAUGACAGCCAGCUUACCAGAAUAGCAGUUUACCACCCUGUUUUUGGCACCCACUACUUCAACUUUCCUGAGGCUUCUUACAACUUUUCGGUGUCCUCCAGCAUCAGGAAGUGCUGCAGCUGGGAUGUCACGGAGUCUUUGUGUUCAACCGAUUCAAACACCAUGUCUGAAUGCAAUUGGUGGCUUCUGCAUCUGAAAAAUGUUACCAUCUCCCUUAGUGGGCAGUACGAGUGCAGUUUUGCUACUUACCCAUAUGGUACAAAGGCUGCAAAAAUUCAGCUUAUUGUCAAGGCAGAAGAGGAGCGGCACUACGUGAAGGAAGUGAACUACGUGAAGCUCAACCAGACUUUAGAAAUUCCAUGCCUUGAGGACACGACCUCAGAAAAUUUGUCCACUUAUCCUUUGAAAUGGCUAGUGGGCAAAAAUGGCAGGAAAGAGGAACUUGUGGCCAAGGAGCCCUCCUGUCCUGCUGUGUACAGGAACAGCAGCAUGCUGUACAGGCAAAGAGUCCACCUGGGUUUGAAUAAUGCUUUAAAGAUUUUCCCCACCAAAAUCAGUGAUGAUGGCAGGGUGUUCUUCUGCCAUGUGGUGUACCACCCAGAGAGAGUUCAGAAGAGCAGCACUACGGUGAGAGUAUUUGCUCACCCUGAGAUCUCUAUUAGCCUGCAGGAUGGCUCAGCUGGCACCUCACAGAAGCCUAAUGUGAGCUGUGUCGUGAGCAAGGCGUUUCCCAAGCCAAGACUCGUGUGGUAUGUGGACAGAGCAAGCCUGAUGGAGCAGCCUGAAGAAAUUUCUGUUGAACAAGAAGACUCACAAGACAGUGAAGGUUUCUAUCAAUUGAGAUCAACAGUGAUGCUGCAAGGGACCCAGGAGACACAUAAGACAUUCUCAUGUGUAUGUCUGUUCCCCUUCCUUGGGAAUGAAACACGGAAUAUUUCAUCAGAAGAAAUAUUUGUUUCCUUUGACUUUGAUAAUUCAGCACUGUUAUCAGCUGUCACGGCUGCCUCAGAGCACCAGUCGACGUCUUUGGCCUCUCUGGACUUCACAAGUCAAGCAAACUUGGCUCCUGCUUCCAUAACACAAGGAGCAUUGACUUCUACCACAGAGACAGAACACUAUACCAGCCACAAAGCAUUCAGUGAGGGUUUGACAACAGCAUAUUUGAAUGAUUCCACCACUGAAUCCCCACAAAGCCUCCGGAAUGCCACGCACUCCUCUGAGAAUACAACCCUGGUGUAUCGUAACCUGUCCUUUAGCAUCACAGACCAGACAAUUUCAGUUACCAGAGAGAAAGAUUUAUUUACUACCAGCAGUCUGCUCAACAGUACUGGUGCUGGGAGGAACAUGAAAGCCAGUCACUUCCCCUGGCCAACAGUGGUAGCUGUCCUGCUCCUCUUCUGCAGUUGUCUAAUAGCUUUAGGCAUCAGGAAAUGGUGCCAGUACCAGAAAGAGAUUAUGGACAGACCUCCAUCUUUCAAGCCACCACCACCUCCCAUAAAGUACACCUCCAUGGUGGAAUCUGAUGGGACUCCCCCAUCCUGCCACGAACUGGAAAACCUGUAA